CCCCGCUCGACGCUCCCUCGGUCUCCCCUGCUCCGUCGGCGGCUAGGAUUGGUACCUCGGCGUCCUGAUCCGUCUGAGGUCUGCGUCCUCCGAGUCUCUGAUGCGGUGGAUUUCUAUAAUCUUGAACUGAGCAGCACCAAUUCCCUUCAUCCCGUUCGAGCCCCGCUUCCUCCGAAGCUCCCCACCACCGCGAAACUAUGCUCGCUUUGGCCAAUGUCGCUUUCCCACCCACAGUUUCGUCCUCUCCGGUUAAGAUGACAAGGAGGUUUUCUUGGAGAUGUCGAGCAGAACGGGUGUCAGCUGGGUACUCCCAGUUGGAGGUUAGAAAAGUCAGCUACCGACCUCCUGGAACUGAGCAAAACUUAUUGAAUCAAACUAGUCUCUCUCUCCAGGAGAAAAGUUUUGGUUUGAUAUUUGGACGGAGUGGGAGUGGAAAGACCACUCUUUUACAGCUUUUGGCCGGUCUAUCAGAACCUACCUCUGGUUCAAUUUGCAUUCAGAAGUAUGAUGAUAGUGGAAAUCCAAUUGGUCUGUCGGAAGUGUUAGCUCCUCAAAGAGUCGGUAUUGUAUUUCAGUUUCCUGAGAGGUACUUCUUAUCAGAUACUAUACUUGAGGAAGUUACUUUUGGAUGGCCAAGGCAAAAGGCAGACAUUCCUUUGAGGGAGCAACUCACUUUAAAACUUCAGAAUGCCAUUAACUCUGUUGGUCUAAGUGCCAUUUCAUUGGAUAAGGAUCCACAGUCUCUUAGUGGUGGGUUUAAGCGGCGACUUGCUCUGGCAAUUCAACUGGUUCAAACUCCUGAUUUAUUGUUGCUUGAUGAGCCCCUCGCUGGACUUGAUUGGAAAGCUCGGGCUGAUGUUGUGAAUCUCCUGAAGGACCUAAAGAAAGACCACACCAUACUGGUUGUAAGUCAUGACCUAAGAGAACUAUACCCGCUGGUAGACCGGUCCUGGAGAAUGGAAAUGGGGGGUGUUUUGAAGGAGGAACCUUUACCUGUAUAGAUUAACAUUUUUUUCCUCGGAAAAUUCAUAACUUUUUUUUUUGUGUGUGCAGCUGGAAUGCUGACCCAUUUGUUGUUGCAGUGAACAGGCUCAUAGCUAGCUAGGGAUCCUAAUGUAAUGUUUGUAAUAGUACAAGGCAAGUUGCAAAAUCUAUUGAGAGUGACUCCACACCUACUGGAUUUUUGUCAAUAAUAGCAUGAUGUUAUUUCACA